AUGUUUAAUGAGGCGAUUUGUUCCCGUAACGAAGAAUUUAAAAAACAUAUUAAAAAGUCGAGAAAUGAACAACAAAAGGCCUUUUUAAUUGCUAUUUUAUUGUAUUGUGCACCUGUUAUUAUAGCACUUGUUAAACGUAAAUUCGUAAAUAAUUAG